AUGCCGUGUGGAAAUGAGUUUGAACCAUCGUGGUUAACUGCUACCGUGCUCGGUUCAGGAUCCAGGACUAUAAACCACCUUGAAGGAUGGCAUGCAGCUCUUAAUAAAGCUGUUGGUAGACCAAAGCUAAACAUUUUUAUUUUAAUUAAAGAGCUAAAAAACCAACAACAAAAUUUCGAACUUGACAUAGCGCAAAAAUGCAAUCAGCCACAAAAAAUGAAUAAAUACAGAAAAUUAGAGGAAAGAUUAUCAUUUGCAAAAGAAAGACUACAAAAUGGUACUAUUUGUAUUAUGGAAUAUUUGGACGCAAUCAUGUUCCAUUUGCAUCUUGAAAACAAAAGAUUAGCUUUAGAAGAUUAA